GAGGGUACGUGAGGAGUAAAACGAAACCAAAAAAAAACAGAGGAUGAUCGCUAAAAAUUCAUCCUUUAUCCAAAAAUCUUAGAGAAUUUCGAACUCUGUAUAAAUUCUUUUGUUAAUUUCUCCAUUGUGAAUCAGAUCCGUUGAAGAUAUAUUACUACUUGCUUUGUUUGAGAGAUGGUGGUUAAGAGGAGGUUAGGCUCUAAUGGCUUUGAUUUCCCAAAUAUUCCCAAGGCUCCUCGUUCAACCAGGAGAAAGGUAUCAAGUGAGAGAGAUGAUGUUGAAUGUCAGCUCACUGCAUUUGACUUGCUCGCUUCUCUUGCUGGAAAGUUGCUUGAAGAAAGCGAAAGCUCCUCAACUUCUUCUACCUAUGGUGAUAGUCAAGAAGAUCAUUUGGUUGGAAAGAUCAAGCUAGAACACGUUGAAGAUGUCAAGCCUUGUAAAUCUGAGCUUUCUCAAAAAGGAAACCUUGCCUCAAAGUCGCCUAGUGAAGCUACUAGCGAGACGGGUUUGCAAGUUUCCUCUGUGGAAAAUGAUUGUGUUUUGGAGCAGACACCUGUUUCUGAUUGUAAGAUAGCUCUUGGUCUGAAGCAACUUGAGGAGACAGGUGUUGUUAAUGUAGAUGCCGGCUUUCAACUAGGAGAAGCAACCAAUGACUUGAUCGCUGAUACUAUCAGCUUAAAGGAUCCAAGUCAUGAAUCAGUUCACCUGGAUGGUGGUUCUAAUGGUUCUUUGGGAGGAUAUGUGAAUCAUUCUAAGUUAGUUUGCAGAGAUGAUGAAGAAAACUAUUGUAAAUACUAUAAAUUUAGUGACAAAUGUAAUAAGUCGUAUAGGCCUAUGACUCGUGUUGGACACCGAAGAAUCAAGAAGUCAAUGAUGAAAAAAUAUGGGAGAGCAGUCCCCAGGUCGAAAUGCUUUGAAGACACUAAAACAGAUGGUUGUUUAAAGUCUCUAUACCGCAAGAGAAAACUAUGUUAUGGUUACAACCAAAGGAAGCAUGAGAGCGUUCAUAGGAAGAGAAGGAUGUCUGAGAAAGGGUUGGUAGUAACUUCUGAUGGAGGACUCAGUUGUGAAAGUGUUACCAAUUCACCUGUGAAGGGAGAAUCAGUAAAGUUCAGCAUCAAGUCCUUUAGGAUUCCAGAGCUUUUUAUUGAAGUUCCAGAAACAGCAACAGUAGGCUCUCUGAAGAGGACGGUGAUGGAGGCUGUCACUGCUUUACUCGGUGAUGGGAUACGUAUUGGAGUGUUAGUCCAAGGGAAGAAGGUUAGAGAUGACAACAACACUCUAACACAGACUGGUCUUUCAUGUAGAGAAAAUCUAGACAACCUUGGCUUCACCUUGGAGCCUGGUCCCGAAAACCCUGUCAUUUCUAUGCCAACUGAUUCGACAAAUUUGUCAGAAAGGUCUGCAGCUUCUUCUCCCGCUUUAGAUUCUAGAAGUCCUUUGCGUCUCCAAGAUGCAGAUCAUGUGAAUGAUUCAGGAACUUGUGUGGAGAAUAAUCAGGAGUUAGUUCCAUAUCAGAGUGACAUAACAGCUGAUGAACAACAACCUUCAUCAGAUUCAAGAGCUAUAGUUCCAGUUCCAGCCUUGGAACCUGAGGCUCUUGCAAUUGUCCCACUUAACGAGAAACCUAAGCGUAGAGAUCUUUCACAGCGCAGAAUCAGGAGACCAUUCUCUGUUACAGAGGUAGAAGCUUUAGUCCAUGCUGUAGAGGAACUUGGGACUGGAAGAUGGCGUGAUGUGAAACUGCGUUCUUUUGAUGAUGCAAGUCAUCGAACCUACGUUGACUUGAAGGACAAGUGGAAAACAUUGGUUCACACGGCAAGUAUAUCACCGCAGCAACGAAGAGGAGAACCUGUGCCUCAAGAACUGCUAGAUAGAGUCUUGGCAGCACAUAGGUGUUGGUCACAGGACCAAGUGAAACAGAACGGCAAACAUCAAGCGGCUGCAAUGAUGGUGGUUGAAUCAGGUUUGUCCAUGUAAAAAGAUGGAGAAAGGUAAUUACAAUAACUUUCACUUGAAGACUAAGGAAGCAAUGUGGGGCAACUGUACAAAGGCAAAACAACAGAAGCAUAGUAUGAUUCAUUUUUUUCCGACUUGAGAUUUUUAAUCAUUAUUGGUAGAACAUGACUUACUUUUGGUUACUUGUAAGUUACAUCUGUUCAUUUCAGUUUCUAAUUGAUUUCAUUCUGUAAUAUGGUAUUCGUGGUAGGUCCUUGAAUUUGAAUACAUUCAUUUAUUUAUUUGUAAUACAUAAACAUUUUUAAUUUGUCAAUCAUCAUUCAAUCUAUA